AUGCGCCAGGCCGCACUCCUGGGCCUGGUGCUCGCCGUAGUGUUUGGCCGCGACGCGCUCAACGCGCUCCAGGCAUAUGGCGGCGCCGGCAGUGCAUCGUCCGCACCCCUCAACGUCGACCGCGGGCUGAGCGCAGGUUUCAAGGUGAUGGGCACCUUUGUACAGGUGAAGCAGCUGCUGCAGCAGCAGUUUCCCGGCAUAGAGGUGCUCGGCUCGACCUACCCGCUCUCGGCGGGCAGGCAGGCGCUCAGCCAGGCGAUCGGCGGCGCCCAGAUGGCUGGCUUCGGCGGCGUCUUCUUCGGCGACAAGCUGUUUGAGGCGAUCGGCGUUGCGCCGCCGCCGGACUGGUACGCGCGCGUGCAGCAGUCCAAGCCGCUGUGGGCGCUGGGCGUGUGGAUGGUGGGCAACAUGGCGCAGAGCUCGGCUAGCUCGACGGGCGCGUUUGAGAUCUACUUCGAUGGAAAGCUGGUGUUCUCCAAGCUGGCGGCCGGCCGCUUGCCCACCCAGGCGGAGUGGGGCGCGCUCGCCCAGAACAUGAGCGCGGCCCUGGCGGCCUCGCCGCGCGCAGCGGAGCUGCAGGACCAAGCUGAGCUGGACCGCGCGGCGGCGCAGGCCAGGGCGGCGCUGGCGGCGUAG